AAUACCAUAAAUUGUCUCUCUAAAUUGAAAGUGGCAUAAGCUAUUUUGCAGGUUCGUGGACCAAGAACAUUAUGGUCUUGGAAAGUGGAUUUAAUGGGUGGGAAGAACAACCCUGCUGCCCAAGAAAUGUAAAGUUUCAUAUCCAAGUGGCUCCAUGGCUGAAAUUCUUGAUGAGUUGGAAGAAGUUGCAUCAAGCCCUUGUCAAACUCCUUUUGCACCCCAACAUGAUGAAAUUCAAAUUGUGGAAAAUCUAGCUGAAGUUGAGAAGUUAGUCGAAAGCAAAUCAAAUGAAGAAAAAGUCUAAAGAAACUGUUGUUGAAAAAGAUCCUAAUAUGCCAGAGUGUCCACUCAAUGCCUUUUCCCUUUUCUUGUUAAUAAAAUGGUUGUUAAAACAUGGAAGUUCAUGACUAAUGAGGAAAAAAAGACUUAUUUUGAUACAGCAGCUAAAAUCAAUGCAGAGUCUAAGAAAUUGCAGCAUAUUGCAUUAAAUGAAAGGUUGGCUCAGUCUAAUCAAAUAGGUAAAUGCACACCACUUGGCACAAGUAGAACAAUCAAUGAUUUUCAAAUAAAACAAAUGGGAAAAAGAGAACAUAAGCCCAAAGUUCAUUUUGAUAUGACUAACUUGGGUAAGUCGAAAGAGGGAAAAACUCACAAGAAACAACACAAGAAGAGUUUUAGAGUGAAUAUGGUUGUGGUGGUUGUGGCAAUUUAGAUCGUGUGUAUAUUGAAGACAUCUUACUAUUUGAUAUGGAAGUUACACAACUCAAAAUGAGAAUUCAUAGAAAAAUGUAACAGUGACACUUGGAUGGUUUUGGUUUUAUCUUUGACAAAGAAGAAAUUACAUGAUAUUGCAAACUUGACAAAUUAGUGUUGCCUUUUGAAUGAUAUCAUG